UAUGUCUGCAACAACCUCCAGGAGGCAAACAAAUGCCCUAACCUUGAAUAAAGUCCAGUGGGAACAACAGACUGAACGACAGUCCUGGAGCUCAAGAGGACUACUCCUGACCAUUCUCCAAUCCUCUCCCAGCUUUGGUGUACCUUCCCUGGGGACUGAUCUGGAUCAACACCACAGUCAUGGAUAUUUUCCACAGCUGGGGGGUGGAGGUGGCCGUCCAUCUGCAGACCCAGUAUGGGCAUUAUGAGGGCUGGUUUAGCCUAGCCUCUACAGUGGCAGACCUGCAUACCACCUUCUUUUGUUUCUUCCCAGUCUGGUUCUAUCUACGCAGGGAUGUGGGUGUAAAGCUCAUCUGGGUGGCUGUCAUCGGGGACUGGCUCAACCUGGUCAUGAAGUGGGUUCUAUUUGGAGAGAGACCCUAUUGGUGGGUCCAUGAUACCCGCUUCUAUGGGAAAGAUCCAGCCCCUGCCUUAAAACAAUUCCCCAUCACCUGUGAAACUGGACCAGGAAGCCCUUCGGGUCAUGCCAUGGGCUCGGCUGGGGUGUGGUACGUGAUGAUAACGGCUGUCUUCUCAGUGGCGGCAGAAAGACGGUUCCCCCCUCUCCUGUACAAGUGGGUCAAAGAGAAGUGGAGUCAAUGUUUCUUGCAAGUGGGGCUGUGGAUGCUGCUGUGUACAGUAGAGCUGCUGGUGUGCAUGUCCAGAGUCUACAUGGCUGCCCAUUUCCCGCACCAGGUCAUCAGUGGGGUCAUCACAGGUAUCAUGGUGGCUGAGGUCUUCUCCAGAGUGCAAUGGAUCUACAGAGCCAGUCUGAAGAAGUACUUCUACACCACCCUCUUUCUGCUCUCCUUCGCUGUGGGCUUCUACGAGCUGCUGAAGGCUCUAGGCGUGGACCUGCUGUGGACCCUAGAGAAAGCCCAGAAGUGGUGUGUGAGAGCCGAAUGGGUCCACAUGGACUCCACCCCCUUUGCCAGCCUCCUGCGCAACAUGGGCACCCUGUUUGGCCUGGGCCUGGGCCUGCACUCGCCCCUCUACACUGAGAGCAAGAAGAGCAGCAUCCCCUUCAGGGUGGGAUGUAUCACUGUCUCUUUAUUGUUGCUACAGGUCCUGGAUGGCUUGACGUUCUCCUCCAGAGACCAGGCAAUGUUCUAUGUGUUGUCCUUUAGUAAGAGUGCUGCUGCUCUCUUCAUCCCCACAGCUCUGGUUCCCGGAGGACUCUCCUGGAUCUUCCCAGGUAGUGGGGCGGCUAAGCUGAAAUUUUCAUAACAACCAUUCACUUUAUGAUAAAAGCACUACAUUUGGCCGAGGUAGGUUUAUAUAAAUAUUUAGAUAUCAGGCCAUGGUAGCCAUCUUACAAAAUAGCCACUGAAAGUAACACAACAUUUUACAAUUCAGGAGUGUUUUGAUAUAAUUGCACCAAAUUUGUUACAGAGGUAGAUGUAUGUGCCCUGAAAAUAUGUAUAUAUGGAGUUACCACAGAUUUGGCCCCUUGGACACAGCAGCCAUUUUACAAAAUGGCAACAUAAUGUAAUACUUUUUUACAAUUUGGAAUGACUGUUUUGAGAUAACUGCACCAAAUGUGCUACGUAGGUACAUUAUGUACCCUGAAAGAAUUAAGAAAUGGAAACCCCACAGAUUUGGCCCCUGGCGGCCGGCUCUCUCGUAGCCGGCCGCGACCGGGAGACCCAUGGGGCGGCGCACAAUUGGCCCAGUGUCGUCUAGGGUAGGGGAGGGAA